AUGGCCGAGAAGGAGUGCACCGUGAAAGUGACCGAGGGCCCCGUGUUGGGCAAGUCUGGCAAGAAGAUCUGCUGCUCAUGUCCGACCACCAAGCAGGCGCGUGACCUGUGCAUCGUCAAUAACGGCGAGGAGAACUGCAAGGACAUCAUCGAGGCGCACAAGGUCUGCCUGCGUAGCGAAGGCUUUACGGUCAAGUAA